AUGUUUGCGGUGAAUGUAUUUUUACUAGGAUAUAAUGUGCAAAGAUAUGCGAAAUUAGGAGUGGAUGGAAGUACAGUAAAAAAUUUUCUAAUGGAUGCAUGUGGAGACAGAUUUCAAAUUGAACAAUUUGACUAUUGUUCGGCAUCAAGAUUAUUUUGGGGUUUAAUAGGUGGAGCCGUAAUAUAUUUUAUCUUUACGUCAAUUGUAGCAUUUGCACUUUCGAUUGAAUUAAGACGUAGGGGAUACGAUUCUUCAUUCACAGCUUUGUGGCAUUCCCCGGCAUUUCUAUUAUGCUUUUUUUAUGACGAAAAAAGGAGAGUUGAUAUUUUGAGCAUACCUAAUAAAUAUGUUGGGUUAAGUUUAUGGACUAGAAGUCAAAUACAUCGGAUUAGUUUAGCUGUUUAUUGUGCCAUUUGUACGAUCUUGAUUUUGGUUUCUUUAAAAAGGGGAACCGCCGAAACGGCCAAAAUUGAGGGUGAAGGUUUAAACAGAGGAUUACGUAAAUGUAUGUAA